CUGAUAAUGAUAAACGUUAUCUCAAGCGGUGCAUAGUAGAUAUACAAUACGUAUUUCAUUUCCAAAACUUCGUUUAAUUUUUAAUGUCAAAAAUAUUCAUAUUAUUCUGAACCGAUUAUCAAUCUGAAAAAAUUAUUGCAGUUACUCGUAGUCGUGGAAUUCUAGCUCGCGUAGCAGUUUCGUUCACCUCUUAUCCGGUGUUACCUGAAUGGCAUCUGUUUUGCGGAAUAAAUGCCAGCUCUAAAAUUAUGAAUGUAGUAUAUUUUUGUGAAAAGAAAUUUCGUAUUAGCACUUAUUUUUCUGGAGAUAUUCGGUUCCGUCCAUUAGUAAAAUUUUUCUCCCUCCGUGAUGAAUAAAAUCUUAUGUAUUUUUGUAAUUUAUCUGUUAUCACCGUUGAAAGUUGGUUCUUCCUUCCUAAAUGAAAAUGCCACUGAAACAUAUAUGUCCCGAGAAGAACGGGCCAGUUUGAAGAAUGAAGCUGUUGAAAUGUUCUAUCAUGCAUAUAAUGCCUACAUGAAAAACGCGUAUCCGGCUGAUGAGCUUAUGCCUCUGAGUUGUGAGGGAAGAUACCGUAAUAGUCAGCCUAGUCGAGGGAACGUUGAUGAAGCUUUAGGAAAUUUUUCAUUGACGUUAAUCGAUACACUUGACACGUUGGUAGUUUUGGGCGAUUUCAAAGAAUUCGAAAAUGCGGUGAAAUUAGUCAUAAAGGAUGUCAAUUUCAAUACCGAUGUUGUGGUUUCUGUGUUCGAAACAAAUAUUCGUGUUUUAGGAGGCUUGCUUUCUGCUCAUGUACUCAGCGAUGUAUUGAAAAAUAAGUACAGCGAGAUGACUUGGUAUAAGGGAGAACUGUUAGCUCUGGCUAAAGAUCUCGGUACUCGAUUACUGCCGGCAUUCAACACACUUACUGGUAUUCCGUAUGGAAGAGUUAAUCUCAAACACGGUGUUCGAGAUGAUCUUUCACAAAUUGCAGGCCAUACUUGCACUGCCUGCGCUGGAACCAUGAUUUUGGAGAUGGCAGCUUUGUCUAGAUUGACCGGAGAUCCUAUAUUCGAACAAAAAGCACAUAAAGCUAUGGAUGAGUUGUGGAGUCUGAGACAUCGAACGUCCAAUCUUAUGGGAACCAUUUUGGAUGUUCAUUCCGGUGACUGGGUACGAAAAGAGUCUGGUGUAGGAGCUGGCAUCGAUUCGUAUUACGAAUAUUGUCUCAAGGCAUACAUCUUGUUAUCGGAUGAGAAAUAUUUACGACGAUUUAAUACACACUAUUCGGCAGUCAUGACCUAUGUUAGUCAAGGUCCGAUGUUACUCGAUGUUCACAUGCACAAGCCAAACACUAAUUCCAAGAAUUUUAUGGAUGCUCUGUUAGCGUUUUGGCCUGGAUUACAAGUUUUGAAAGGUGAUCUGAAACCGGCCAUUGAAACGCACGAAAUGUUAUAUCACGUAAUGCAGAAGUAUAAAUUUAUCCCAGAAGCAUUUACGACUGAUUUUCAAAUUCACUGGGGACACCAUCCUCUCCGUCCAGAAUUUUUAGAAUCUACUUAUUUUUUAUAUCGCGCCACUGGUGAUCACUAUUAUUUAAACGUUGGUAAAAAUGUGUUGAGAUCGCUUCAAAUGUACGCUCGAGUUCCAUGUGGGUAUGCUUCAUUUGAAGAUGUACGAACUGGUACCCAUGAAGAUAGUAUGGAUUCAUUCGUGUUGGCGGAAACUUUCAAAUAUCUAUUUCUGCUAUUCGCUGAACCUUCAGAAACGGUUAUCAAUUUGGAUGAUUAUUUAUUCACGACAGAAGCUCAUUUACUGCCUCUUUCUAUUUCACGGUAUUCGUCUCCGAAUUAUUCCAGUGAAGUAGAUAAGUUAUUGCUGUUGAACAACAAUAACGAAAGCCGUGAUGGGGACUCUGUGGAAAAUGAUGACGAUAACGAUAUGGCGAGAUCAUGUGUCAUACCUGAAUAUGUGGUUGGUCAUUUCUUGAGACAAAAUUUACGUAAUAUGUUCGAAGGAAUUUGUCCUCUAAGAAAAUCCGUUAGAAAAUUGCAUCCUUCCCAAUUUCAGUCUUCCAAUGAAGAACACAUCCGGUUAUUGAAAGAUAUGGGCAUUGCCGUUAUUACCCUGUCUGAUGGUCGAAUACAAUUAGUUCAUAAUUAUUUGACUCAGGCUACAUCAAAAAAUGAAGCAAAAGAAGGCGCUAUAUUCAUGCAAGAAAUGGUUGAACUAUCGAAAACGCAAUCUGUUGAAAAUACUCCUCAGGCUGUCUCUUAUUCAGUUAAUAAUGAAACUGUAGUCUUAAGCGCCGGUCCAGCUCAUUUUGGUAAAUUGCUACGAGUUGAUCAAAAACUCACGGGAUUAAUAAGCGUUGCGUCACCUUUAAAAGCUUGCGAACCUCUCAAAAAUUCUGAAGUACUAAGAAACCGAAUAGUCGUCGUCGAAAGAGGCGAUUGCAUGUUUGUAGAUAAGGCUCGUAAAUUAGAAAAGGCUGGAGCUAUUGGAGGAAUAAUUGUAGAUAAUACACCUGAUUCUACGGCAGAUCUUUUACCAUUAUUUACCAUGUCUGGAGAUGGAAAUGAUGACGUUAACAUUCCAGUCGUAUUUUUAUUCACGCGUGAAGCGAAAAUGUUGAUAGAGGUUGUAACUAAAGAUCCACUGUUGCAUAUAACCUUAUCUCAACUCCCACCAGGAAAUGUCGGCAAAAAUACGUAAAGAAAUCAUCGCUUAUAUGAAAUCAACUCAAAUUUUCAAAGAUGAAUUAAACGAACCAGGCAAUCAAGAAAUUAAUUCCGAUAAUCGGACGGAACCAAUCGAAGAAGAGCAUGUCAUUGAAUUGCUGAAAAAACAAAUACUAAUGCUAUUGGACUUCUUCGCGAAAAACACGAAACUAGAUGUUGAUAAAAACGUCAACCUAUUGGAUCCAAAUUUUAAUGAAAUUCGUGUAUUUUCAAUAGCAAAUAUCAGAAGCUUACAGGAGGUUGAUGAAUUGCUGUUGCUUAAAGACGAUAGCGAUGGAAAAAAAGAAAAAUACGAAAAAUUAAUUGAUAUACUUUCAUUUGCAAAACUUAUCAACGAAAAAGUGUUCAUUAUGAUCGAAGAAUUUGAAAGUGAACCGAAAGUUGUCGAUUAUUGCGAAUUAGAGAAGAAAUACAUUGAAAUUAAGAAAACCUUGAGUAAAUACAGUGGUUCUUCUUUAGCUUAUGAUUACGAAUCAUCUUGUGACGAGCAGAAAAUAAUUUCGGAGCAAAAUUUCGGGAAAAAGGAAAAACGUAGAAUUUUGAAGAUCAAAAUAAAAUCGAAAUUUAUUUACGAAUUUUUACGCUAUCGUAAAUGUAAAUUGUUAUCGUCGGCUAAAGAUGAUCUGUUUAUUGAAAAUUCAAAACCAUCUGAUACGCAAAACGAAUUUCUCGAUUGUAACAUAGGUAAUAACUUAAGAAUGGGUAAAAAAGCGGAAAAUGAAGUCAAUGUAAUUGAUAAACGAAAAAUUACUCGAUUAAAACUUAGCAACGAAAAAUGGUGGAAAAAAUGGCGAAAAUCGCGUUCCACUAUUCCAUGAAUGAGUUUUAAGGGGCGGUUUUUUGUAUUUUUUUUUGUCCUUAAUAAAUUUUUAAAAUGAUGAUUUUUGAUAAAUUUUUAAAAGUUUUGGGAACUAAUAUUAUUUAUUUUUGAUGCAUUUUGUUAUUUAUGUCAGCUUCUGUAUUGCAUUGAAAGUACGAAAAUACCAUUAAUUUGACCUUUUUUGUUUUAAACCAAAAUUUUUCGUUUGAAAAAAAAAUGUUUAAUGGGGUGUUAUUAAUGUUAUUAUUAUGAUUAAUUACUGUUGUACGUAAUUUAAAAAAAAUUAUAAAUCAUAUAAUAACUUAUUGUUUUUUUGCAUCAAUUUUUACUUAUAAAUGUUUUUGUUUCAUUUAUUUUGUUCUUGUAUUUUUGUUACUAUUUUUUUCUUUAAUGAUGUUACCAGUUUGUAUUGUUUUCUUCUAUAUUGAUUUUUAUGGAUAGAUUUUGUAAUAUAUGUAGAUAUGAAUAAUUAUACUUAUCUUACCUAGUACUUAGAUUUCGUAGCUCUUCGAUUGUAUAAUGAUGCUAUUAAGCGUGGUUUCUGUGAUUAUUUUAUCAUUAUUCGUGUUAAUUUCAAGUCCAGUUGUGAACAUUUUAGUCAAAAGUUAACUACUUGAAAUAUGAAAUCGAAAAAUGUUCAUUUUUUACCACACCUCACGUGUAGGUUUAUUGUAAAUAAAAAUGAAAUUAAACCUGAGAUGUUUAAUUCGCAGUGUGAUAUAUCUUAUAUAUUUUUAUAAGAAUUAUUUUUUUAACGAUUUACGACUCGAAUUCUUAAUUUUUUUAUUUGUAUGUAUUUGAAAAAAAUUAUUGAUGAUUAGAAAAAUGUGAGAUAUCAAUGUUUCGUAGAUCGCAUAAGAUAUGAUAUGAUUUUUUUUUAUUUCCCUCCCUUUUUUUGUUUUCCCUUUUUAUCUAAAAUACAUAGUUUCUUGAUUUCAA